AUGUUGUUUGAAGAAGAACCAACAGUGGAGAACAGAAUAGUCCUUCAACAAGCACAAGCUAAAUUAAAAAAAUACUUGAGCAUUGAGGAGCAGUAUUGGAAGCAAAAGGAUGGUAUGAAUUGGUUUGCUGAAGGAGAUAGAAACACAUGGUUCCUUCAUAACCAUGUGAAUGGCAAGAGACAGGAAUUACAACUCAAAAGAAUUCAGAAUGGAGAUGGUGAUUGGUUGGAAUCUCAAGAUCUCAUGGCUAAUGCUCCAGUAGAUUUCUUCCAAAAACAAUUCACACAAGAAGGGGAUUCUAUAACUUUUGAGCUACCGAACAAUGUGCCUAAUAUGGUAACUAUAGAGCAGAAUUUGGAGCUUUGCAAAUUUCCUACCAUUGAUGAAGUUAAGAGUGCACAUUGUUGGGAUAUUGUAGGGGAGGACAUCUUCAGGUUGCUGAUAGAGUUCUAUGGAGGUGCAUCUUUGCAAAAGUCAGUAACACACACAAAUCUUAUUCUCCUUCCCAAGAAACCUCAGUCUGGCUUUGUGAAGGGGAGGAGUAUCUUUGAAAAUAUAUUGCUCACACAAGAAAUUGUCACAUAUAUUAGACUAAGGGGGAAGCCUGCUAAUGUUGUGAUUAAGUUAGACAUCUCCAAGGCUUAUGAUAGGGUGUCAUGGAAGUAUCUACUUCAUUCUUCAAGAGGGGUGAAGCAGGGGGAUCCUUUGGCUCCAUUUUUGUUUAUUCUUUUUACUGAGCUUCUGUCAAGAUCAUUGAACAAGUUGUUUGAAGACAACAAGUUUAGAGGAUUUGGUAUGCCAAAAUGGUCUGAUCUUUUGAAUCAUUUGGCAUAUGCUGAUGAUAUAAUCAUAUUUACCUCUGCUGAUCCAUAUUCAUUGAGAAAAGUGGUUGUAGUCCUUACACUGUAUGAGCAAACAUCUGGAUAG